AUGCUUUUUUUUUAUCUCCUCGUCGUAUGUCUUGUAUUAUACUAUGUCAUUAAGAAACUGAGUACUCCACAUGGUCUUAAAAAACUUCCUUCACCAGCUGGUGGCAUAUUUUAUUUUGGAAAUUUUUGGCAAGUUGGUCCUGAACCACACAAAAAAUUUACAGAAUGGGCAAAAAUAUUAGGAGAUAUAUACAGUAUACAAAUGGGUCAACAACAUUGGAUUAUAUUAACAGGAGAUAAAGUUGUUGGUGAUCUUUUACAAAAGCGUGGCGGAAAAUAUUCGUCUCGUCCACCGAAUCAUUAUUUUUAUCAAAUAUUAAGAAGAAGUAAAGGGUUUGUUAAUUGCCCAUAUAAUGAGAGAUAUAGAAUGCUUGCACCUAUUAUGCUCGAGCUCUUAGGCCAACAAACUGUAAAAGAAAAUUCUGAUUUGAUAGACUCACAAUUUCGUAUACUUAUGCAAAACCUUUACCGAGCUUCAGCGGAUAUUAAAGAUAGUUUAUUUCCUAAAUAUUAUUUUCAACUAGCAGGUUUAAAUAUCAUUACUAUCUUAUGUUUGGCUAAAAGUAUAAAAGAUGUUGAAGAUCCGUUUUAUCAAGAGUUUGAAAGUUAUAUGAAAAAUCAUUUAGAGCUUAUCAAAGUAACAAAUAGACUAUCCGAUUUUUUUCCAAUAUUGAGAUUGUUUUCAAAAAAUAAAUUAUAUAAUCAAGUAAUCGAAGACAGAAAAAUAGCUGAAGCUUUCUAUGGAAGAUUAGUUCAAGAAGUUAAAAAUGAUAGUGAAAAUAAGCCUUGUUUUGUUAGAAGUUUACUUCGUAAGGUGGAUGAAGGAAUACUAGACGAGCUAGACGUUGUUUAUCUCAUGAGUAAUAUUUUUUCAGCAGGAACUGAUACAAUUUCCUCAAGUUUGACAUGGAUCACAGCUGCAUUAGCCAACAAUCCUCAAGUUCAACACAAGGCGCAUCAAGAACUUGAUCAAGUAAUUGGUCAUUCUCGUUUACCAAGUGCUUCUGAUGAACCAAACUUGUCUUAUAUACGUGCAAUCAUUAAAGAAGGGCAGAGAUACUGUGGUCCGAUUUAUCUUG